UUAGAGGAGGGGGGAGGCGCACAUGCAUUGAGAGAAACACACUCACUCUCACACACACAUAGUGGCGACCACAUUUUCACAGCCUGCUCUUCAGACUGACAGCAGCAAACGGAGUUGAGCACCAGCACGAUUAAGCAAGGGAGGAAGAGAGGAUUGGGAGUGAGGUAGAAGAGAGGACAGGACAGAAGGAAGCGCAGGAUUUUCCCUUUUUACCCUCUUUUAGCUCUUCUGGGAGCCAUAAAAGGAAUCUUUCCCCCUGAACUUGUUCUGCUUCAGGACCUGCACCCUGCUAUGGCAGCCCUAACGGGAUAUGGGAACACUGUCUCCCUCUCAUCUCGCUCCUCUCAUCCUUGGACUACCCUCCUCUGGGCUCUGUCGACCCUCCUUAUCCAUGUGCAGGGCUUUAACCUGGAUACGAUUCACACGCUGCAUAAGUUGGGAGACAAGGGCACGUUUUUUGGUUUCUCACUCGCACUUCACCAGCAGCUAACCCCCAAACCUCAGAGCUGGAUCCUGGUGGGGGCACCACAGGCAGCAGGGCAGGGCCUGCUGAAAGGCAGUCGGCCAGGUGCCUUGUUCAGGUGUCCAAUCACACCUGAGGAGUAUGACUGUGAAAGAGUGGAUAUUGAUGGAGAGGUGAGCCUGGACAGAGAAAGUAAAGACAACCAGUGGCUGGGAGUCACUGUGAAGAGUCAGGGGAUCGGAGGGAAGGUGGUGACCUGUGCUCACCUGUAUGAGCUCAGGCAACGUGUGAGUCAGCCUUCAGAGACCCGGGAUCCGAUUGGACGCUGCUAUGUCCUGAGUGAAGACCUGACAGAGCGAGAUGAUUUGGAUGGAGGGGAGUGGAAGUUUUGUGAGGGCCGGCCGCAGGGACAUGAGCAGUUUGGCUUCUGUCAGCAGGGCCUGUCUGUCAGUUUCACCCCUGACAACAACUUCAUUCUGUUUGGGGCGCCGGGAACAUACAACUGGAAAGGAGAGAUGCGCGUCCAGCUCCUAAACCAAACCAUGCUUGACCUCGGUUUCUAUGAUGAUGGACCCUACGAGGUGGCAGAUCAGAAACAACUUAAUGCCCAGCUCAUCCCUGUGCCCUACCACAGUUACCUGGGGUUUUCCGUGGACUCCGCCAUGGGGAUAAUGAGCCUCGGGGAGCUGACCUUUGUGGCGGGUGCGCCUCGGGCCAAUCACACAGGAGCAGUGGUGCUGCUGAGAAAGGAUAACGUUUACCGGCUGGUGCCACAGCACAUCUUCUGGGGGGAGGAGCUGGCAUCCUCAUUUGGGUACUCGGUGGCUACAACAGAUCUGAACAAAGACGGCUGGACCGAUCUGAUUAUUGGAGCUCCUAAUUUCUUUGAUCGAAAGGCAGAAAUCGGAGGAGCUGUGUAUGUGUACCUGAACCCCUUUGGUCACUGGGAUGACCAGGCCCGGCCAAUCCGACUGAAUGGGACCUAUGACUCCAUGUUUGGAAUGACAGUGAGCAACAUUGGUGAUCUGGACCAGGACGGAUACGGAGACAUUGCUGUUGGGGCACCAUUUGAUGGAGAUGGUAAAGUUUUUAUCUACAGAGGAUCAGAUGCUGGGAUUGAAACCAAACCUGCUCAGGUACUGGAUGGCCAGGACUAUGAUGUGAGACGGUUUGGAUACUCUAUCUCAGGUGGCUUGGAUAUUGACAAUAAUAAGUACCCAGAUGUUGCAGUUGGAUCUCUAAACAAUUCAGUGGUUCUCUUCAGGUCUCGCCCAGUCAUCCACAUGCUCAGAGAAAUAUCUAUUGACCCUCUGUACAUUGAUCUGGGGCAGCACAACUGCAAGGGAAGAGAAGGAGUCUGCAUGGAGGUCAAGGCCUGCUUCACCUUCACAGCCCACCCAGAACACUACUCUCCAAACAUCACUCUGGUGGUGCGCUUUGAAGCCGACACAGAGCGCAGGAAGUUGGGACUCCCGCACCGUGUCACCUUCCUUGGCCGCAGUUCUCUGGAGCCAGAGUACACGCAGACAGAGGAGGUGGAAAUGCAUCGGCAGGGUUAUCCUGUGUGCACCACUACUGUCUUCCAGCUUCAUGAUAACAUCCAAGACAAACUACGCCCCAUCUCAUUGGCCAUGACUCACACUAUCAAGCCUGUGCCGCCACGCAGACACUCGGGGGCUAAAAGGCUGGAGAAGCUGGCGCCUGUUCUGAAUGUUUCCCCCUCCAACACGCUGCACUCUGAGGUGAACUUCCUGCGUGAAGGAUGCGGCAGUGACAAAAUCUGCCAGAGCAACCUGAAGCUGGGCUACAAGUUUGGAACAAGACCCAUGACCUCAGACCUCUUCACCCCUCUGCCAAAAGAUGAGGAUGGCGUGCAGGUGUUCUCCCUGUCAGAUCAGCGAGUUGUGGUGCUGGAGAUCACCAUCACCAAUAUGCCGUCUGACCCCCUACACCCCAAUGAAGACGGAGAUGAUGCUCAUGCGGCUCAGCUGCUCAUCUCUCUUCCUGACACUCUGUCGUAUGCCGGCUCCAGGAUCCCACCACAGAUGAGGUGUCAAGCAAACCAGAAUGGCUCACAGGUUGAAUGUGACCUGGGAAACCCUAUGAAACGAGACACUAAGUUGAAGUUCACCAUCAACUUGAGCACAUCCAACAUCACAAUUGAGACGACUGAGCUGACUGCAGAUCUGGUGUUGUCAACUAUCAGUGAGCAGCCUGACCUGGAACCAGUCACAGCUUUUGCUAGAGUUGUUAUAGAGCUCCCUCUGUCUGUCAGCGGGCUGGCCAAUCCUCACCAGCUGUUCUUCAGCGGGACAGUGAGAGGAGAGAGCGCCAUGAGGAGUCUUGAUGACGUCGGCAGUCCCGUAGAUUUUGAGUUUGUGGUUGCUAAUCCUGGACAAGCUCUGCAGACGUUCGGCUCAGCUUUUUUAAACAUCAUGUGGCCUUAUGAGCUGGCCAAUGAGAAAUGGCUCCUGUAUCCUGCUAGCUUGAAGUUUGAGGGUCAACCAGGCACACGCUGCACCCCAGAAGGGACACUGAAUCCUUUGCAGCUGGAUUGGAGUGCCCCAUCAGCAGAUCCUUCUCUGGUUGUCAGUCAGGGGGGUGUACGAAGACGUCGCUCCAACCCAGAGGGUGAGGGUCAAGUGAUGACAAAAGGCAGCGUGGGACGAACAACCCCAGCUGUUGCAGCUUCAGAGAGACGCAAGUCACUCAAACUGGAUUGUCUGUUGGGGUCGGCCCGCUGCGUCCUGUUUCAGUGUCCGCUCCACAGCUUCUCUGGCAAGGCUGUCCUCAAGAUCCAUGCCCGCCUCUGGAACAGCAGCUUCAUAGAGGACUUUUCAUCAGUCAGCGCUCUGGAGCUGCUGGUCAGAGCAAACAUCACUGUCAAGUCCAGCAUCAAACACCUGGUCCUGAAGGAUGCAGCUGCACAGGUUCCAGUGAUGAUCUAUCCUGAACCCGGUCUCACAGAUCAGUACUGGAUCCCAUGGUGGAUUAUCCUCAUAGCCGUCCUAGCAGGCAUCCUGCUGCUGACUCUACUCGUCUGCAUACUGUGGAAGUGUGGCUUCUUCCAGCGGGCCCACUACAAAGACAAACUGCCUCAGUACCACGCCGUGAAGAUUCCCCGCGAGGACCGGCCACAGUUCCAGACUGAGAAGUCUGGAGUCAUUCAUAAAAAGGAAUGGGCCACGCACUGGAGUGAUGGGACCUCGUAACUCCCGCUGAAGCACUGACUGACUGACUGAAUUAACUCAAAUCACCCAGUGUGGCACUCCAUCUGUCUUCGCUUUGGGACUAACAGACUAAAAACAUGUGCACACAGACUGAGAUCUAACAUCUUGUGCACAGCGUACUGAGUCAGUACUGGCAUACUGGUGGCCUGUUCCACUCAGACUGGAUCUAUAAUCUCCCAUACUGUAGCCCACUUAUGGCUGGCCUUGGUCUAUUUAUACUGAGCAUCCAUGUCAGUGUUUAACAGUAAAUACUGAAGGCCAGCAACAACAUUAGAACCAGAUUAGCUGCUCAAUAUGUUUCACAGGAUGCUCUCAUGGAAGGCUUCAGAACAAGGAGGAGAAAAACUCACAACCCAAAGACGUGCAUGAAUGCAUAAAAUACAGAUCAAUAAUUCAUAUAGACACACUGGACUUUAAUGAAGAAGCUACUGCCUGGUACAAAGACUACUUCUGCCUUAACUACUGUAAGACUGACAACUUAGAAGGGCAAUGAAAAAAAGUUUUUUUAUAUAUAAAUGAUGUUUGGGGAUUUUCUUUCUUAGCACUGGUAACAAUGGGACAGUGUGAGAUAUCAGGAGGGUGAAAUGUUGCAGGAUGUGUUGUGGUGUUGGUGCGCUGGAUGCUGAAAAAAAGCCAUUAACGAGUUCACUUGAUCCAAGGAGUAACGUCUUCUAAAAGAGAGAUGUUUGUUGUGUCUUUUUACAUUUUUGUUAACAUGUCAGUCAAAAGUACUGUACAUCAACAGUGUAUCACCUGGGUGAACUUGAAUAAGAAUGAGAAAACACAGCAGCCAUGGCUAGAGCACUGUUGUUGCAUGGAAACCAAAAUAAGUCAGAAAAGCAGUGCCGUGUUUAAAAUGUCAUCUUUUUUAAAUCUAAAAAUGAUUUUUGAAUGAAUGUCCAGGCUCAUAAGAGCAUUAACUCUCCUCGUGUAUUAAAGGAUCAUGUGUGUAAACAUGGUUUUAUAAUGAAACCUGUAAGAGUAGGUAUGACUGAGUAACACAUAAAUGAUGAGGUUUCAAACAAAACCACCCCCUUUUUUCCAAUUAAGAUGUUAAAUUUUCUCUCUGACAGUCUUUGUUUUAAUAUGAUGCUCUGGAAAAAGAAGAGAACUGCAAAAAUGCACCCACUGACCACUUUAUUAGGUACACCUGUCCAGCUUAUUAGGCAUUAAAACCUCCUACAGACUGCAUUUUUAGCAAUCUUAUGUUUCUGGUGUACUACACUGUGCAGCAUGAAUCUCAUAUGACAUCAGGUUUGUUGUGGGUAGACUGUACAAUGACAAUUAGCCCUAAAUGCUGCUGUCAUCAGUGUGUAUCAUUCAUCUACACCUUAUGUGCUGUGGUAUAUAAUGAAGCAAAACAACAACAAAGACGUUGAAAUUGUGGCUUUGGUUCCCAACCUUUUUACCUGGGCCUAAAUACUCUUGUUUUAGAGGAAAUAUCUAUGAAUAAACUUUCCAUUAUUACAGCAGUGUGUAAGUGGCACUCAAGAAAGAAAACAGUUAACUCCAAAUUCUGGAGUUUAAAAAGUUAAUUUGUGAGGGGAAAAAAAAUGUUUGACAGUCAAAGUCAAAAACCAAAACAACUUUUGAGUUGUCGGGGGGGUUUGCACUUGACAUCAAUGAAGCCCAUCAGUGGAGUGCUAAGCCCAAGCUCAAAAGUUGUUGAAAAGUUUCCAAAAAGGCCGCUUAUCUCUAAAUCAAAGUUAUGGAGGACAAAACAAUAACAUUUCACUGGCUGAGUCAUAUAAACUAGUGUAAUAUAUUGUUGUUUUAGACUUCAGAACUUGGAUUUUGAGAUGUGCUCUCAUCUUUGGAAACUUUGAAGGAAUUUUGAGAUCAUAAAGUCUAGAAACCACCAUCUUCAGUUUUGGUUAUUGUCCAUUUUUAUUUCUGUAAAUUUAUGAUUUUAAGAACUUAAUAUUUUUGAGAUUCUAAUAUGAAAAUGUAAGACUUUUUUAACUCAGGAAUUUAAAAGUUUUUUUAUUGUCAAUUUGUUGCUUUUUUAAACUCUCAAUUUCUGAGUUUAUUUUCUUGUAAAUAUAUGAAUUUAUACUCUCAAAAAUCAGGGUUUUUUUAACCAAAAUUUGGCUUUUUUUGCUCAAAAAUUAACAGAUUCUCGUCCCUUUAAUCUUCUAGAUUGGCCCAAAUAGCAUUGUACACUAUGUUUCAAAUCAUGAUUUAAAAACACACAAUUUUUUUGACGAUAUCAGAGUAGACAGAGCUCCCCUGUUCACUUAAAUCAUCUUUCUUCGUCAUCUUGAUGAUCAUUUUAAACUGACGCAGAUCAUCUUGACCAUGUCUACCUUUGGGCACCGGCUCCUGCCAUGUGAUUGUCUGAUUAGACAUUUGUGAUAACAAGUAGCUGAACAGGUGUGCCUAAUGAAGUGGUUACUGGGUGUGUUUUUUCAACGGUCGUUCUAUCUAAAGGUUUGUGUUGAAUAAAUGUAACUUUUUGUCAUUAAGUAAAGAAACCAAAUGACAACUGGUUAAGAAAACAUAGAUGCUGUUCUUUUCAAACCCAAAAAGGGAACCAAACAAGUUCCUAUUCAUUUAACUGAAGAGUACAGAUGUUUUAAUGUUUGAAGAAUUCAGGAAUCAAUGUUUGGAAGAUUAACCCUUUUAUAUCUAAUACAGCUGUCAUGCAUUUGCAAAUAAAAUACCCAAAUGUGAAUAUCUUAUCUGGAAGUUAGAAAGUAUGUGUUAAAUAAAAAACAUUAAUUUAGAUGCAAACCUAUAAAUAGAACCAGAGUAGCAUAUUUUUACAGUGAUUUCAAACACUCUAUGAACUUUGUUGUUGGUAAUCUAUUCCAGUGACCUAACGUUAAAUCCAAUACUGUUUCUCACUGUGUACAAGUGCCUUAUGGUGACUGUGGAACAGAAGGCGACUUGCAGACUACAUCGGGCUGUCGUGAAGCAUCUUUUGAACACCUGUGGACGAAUAAACAUCACUUAACACUUCAAAAACAUCAAGAGCGGAGAGACGAAGAGCAAAAUAUGUUGACGAGGAACCACACAGACUUUCUUUGGAUCUGUUUUGGGUGGAUGAAGUGGUUGUAAAGCAUGAAGAGUCAGCUUGUUUUUAAGGUAUUGCUGGACAAUCUUAUUAGCUGCAUGAAGCUCCUGUUCUGAUGUUCCCCCUUUUUUUUGUCCAUAAUUUCAAUGUUUUUAUUUAUUUUUGUUUGGCAGCACUGUUUUCACAUUGUAAAUAAAGUAAAAGGAAACAAAAUAAAACUAUCAGAUAAA